UCCGCCCUAUAGGACCCGCGAAAGAGAUGUUUCAGGGGUCGAUCUGAGCGACUGAAAUUCAGCCUGGAGAAAUAUCGCUGGGUCUCCAUGCAGUAAAGACGCAACGCGUCGCCCUGGUAAAUGACAGCAGGGGCACUCGGACGUGUUUGAAUAGGACUUGCUGCCACAUGGCGAUGUUUUCGAGCCAAAUGUCUUCCACUCCCUUCUCAGUCCGGGACAUUUUGAACCUGGAACAGAACCACGAAGACAUGGUCUCGCUGGAAAUGUCGCUCCCCACUUCUUCCUGCAUGAUGUUCAAACCGGAGCCGUUCGUGGACGCGGUGAACGGAGCCGCGCUCUUCGCUCCUGGAGACGAGCAGGACACUAAAGCAGGACACUGUGACAGGAGCACGUCUCUGGACUUUAGUCCUGCCUUUUAUGGGAAGAGUUUCUUAGAAAUGGAUCUAGCCAAAGACGCAAAGUCGGACGACACGCUUGAUGCCAAAGAGAGAAAAGAGAAGCUGCGUUCACCGGAGGAGCGGCAGAAACCGGAUGAGGCGGAGCGGCCCGGGCAGCGGAAGCGGCGGAAGCCGCGCGUGCUGUUCUCGCAGGCGCAGGUGUACGAGCUCGAGCGGCGCUUCAAGCAGCAGAAGUACCUGUCGGCGCCCGAGCGGGAUCACCUGGCGCACGUGCUCAAGCUGACGUCCACGCAGGUGAAGAUCUGGUUUCAGAACAGGCGCUACAAGUGCAAGCGGCAGCGCCAGGACCAGACGCUCGAGAUGGUGGGCGCGGGCCCGCCGAGGCGCGUGUCCGUGCCCGUGCUCGUGCGCGACGGCAAGCGCUGUUUGGGAGACGCCGCGUCCGCGUACAGCGCGUCAUACAACAUGGGGAUCAACCACUUCCCUUAUAACGCCUACCACAGUUUCGGGAACGUGAACUUCCCGAGCGCCGGAAACACGAACUACACGUGCAACUACUCGGCGAGCGCAAACGUGCCUCCGGUGCAGACGUCACCGUCCAGCGGUAAUUACGUGAAUUUUGGAGUCGGGGAUCUGAAUAACGUGCAGGCGCCGUUUCAGGCCAGCGGCGGAGUUUCCUCGUUACACGGCAUUCGGGCCUGGUGAAGCAAACUCUCACGGCCAGGAUGCACAGGCGACUUGUUGUGAGGCAACACUGCCAGCUUGAACUGCACGAAUGGUCAAAAACACACACAGUAUUCUUACCGCUUCAGGAGAAUUUGUAAAUCAGUGUUUAUGCAGUUUUGAAUAUGUGAACUUUCAAGUUAAUCUAUUAAAUAUUAAGGGAGGUUUUCAAUUCAUUAACGGCUGAAAAAAUGCAGUUAACAUAUACAUAUACAGGCCCCAUAUUUUUUAAUUUAUUGUUUUUAUUGUUCUGUAAUGGACAGAAUCGGAGUGUGUAGAGCUCUCGUCCUUUUCCUGUCUAUAUACUCUUAGAAAAUUCAGAACACUGAAGGGUUCUCGGUUGUGCUUCUGCUGCAGAUUGUACACUUUCACAAAUAAAGAUACCAGACUGUACUUCUCCCUUGUAGAGGUGGGACCAACUUUUUUUUUUUUUCUUGGGAAGUUGCAUGUGCUUUAAUUAGCUAUUAGAGUAAAGCUUUAAAGGUCCAUCAGUGGUCCUUAACUAUAUAACUUUAAUUAUUUAAUUUUUAUUGAGGUUUCCAGGUGAAUGAUACACAGUAAGGGUGCAAAACCUGUCCCCUGGAUUGUACAGUUUGGUGCCUUUAUUUCUGGGAGUGGAGAUCUCUCGAGUGUUUUCCUACCAGAAAAGGUCCCAAAUUAUGCAAUGAACCCUGGAAGACCCUUUUUCAACCCCUAAGAGUGUAGCCACAGCCAUACUCCAUAUUUUCUGCGUCAAAAAAAUAAAAUGUAAAUAGCCAGUAGCAGAUAUUAUCACAUUUUUCUGCAAAAUGUAUGGGAAUUCAUUCGGUAUACUUUUUUUUUCUUUUCUUUUUAACGUCUUUACUAUUCACCAGUAGCCCAGGCCAUUUAGUCAAAAUUGUAUAGGUUUUUUGGAGGAAAAAAAGAAAAGAAGAAUGAAAAAGAACAUUUUUUAACCCUAUACAUUGUUUUUUUCAGUGUGUUGUCUAGAUAACACAUGAUAAACUCGAUUUUCUGUGAAUUUCUUGUCACUAGAGCCAUACAUUUAUGUUCAUAUUUCCUUCGGCGUAUUUUCAUAAUUAGUUUAAAAGCUAUUUAUGAUAAUAUAUCGAUAUUUCACUGUAGGGUUGGAAACUCGACACUCAAGAAGGUUGCCAGGAGAAUGAAAUUAACACAUGGAUAACAACAUCUAAGCAGAUCUUCAAAAAUGUAUUAUUAUUAUUGUUAUUUUUUUCAGAAAUAAUAUUUUCGGAAUGAACACAGGAACUAAAACUAUAGAAGUAAAAUAAAAAGGAGCACUCUCUGGUUAAGGGCCUGUUAAGGAGAGAUAGAUCUAUUUAUUAAAUGAAGAAAAAUACAUUUGAUAUUUACUCAUUAAUGCUCAUGGGUUAUAGCAGUACCAGGCUCAUAGGUGCUAAAUCUCUACAUUAGCUAUCUUUAAUUAACUAUAGACUGUAACUUAUUAGGGACUAUCUCAUAAAGGAUUAAUGAAUGGUUUUAUUUGCAUUGUAUUUGUGUACAUUGUAAGGAAAUGAGAGGAUGCAGAGUGAGGAAACGUGCUGGGGAUGUUGCCUCUCAGAGCUGUGCAUCACGUGCACCAGUCCUCCUCCUGCUCACACACCACUGUAGCGACAUUUCUGCUUCUGCUGUCAACUCUGCUUUUGACUUAAAUGUGGUUUGCUGUAUUUUUUUUCUUUUGUAGAACUGUAAGAAAUAUAGCCUAACUUAAUUCUUACGCGUGGUUUAAAAGGCUAUGUUUAGAAAUGUGGCGUUUUUAACGAAUUCAGCUUCUGAAAGAUGAAAACUUAGUGAAAACACCAAAGCCGGACAUCCAAACACAUGCAACAGUGUGAGUUUAUGUUUGCUUCUUUUGUUUUGUUUUCAUAUCAUAUUUUUGUUCUCAUAUGAGUUUGACCUGGGUGACCACUGAAAGCGGACCCACACUUGAAAAGUGAUAAAAACACACACUAUGUGUCAAUACAGUCGGCUGUCAGUGCAAAGGUUUCCAUACAGUCCAUUUCUGUAGCAUGAUCUGUAAUCCUGUAAUCUAAAAUAAACUCGAUGGGAAAAUGGA